AUGUACCAAAAUACUUUGCAAUCUAGCGGCUAUACCUCAAUAUCUGCCUUCAAUGUUAUCAUUUUGAACUCUAGGCUUAGUUGGUCCCUUUUAGCAAAAGCAGUUCACCUAAUCGGGAAGAUCCACAUCUUCUCUUCUAACCUAAUAAGCUGCCAGUCCGAAGAUGUUGAGGCAAGUCACGGCAUUUUGCCGGGAAACAUUUCUGAGAAGAGCAAGCCACGGCGACAACAUCCAUCAGCCGUCGAGUAUGAAGUUAGCGUAUACCCUGCUUACCUUUCACAAAAUUCUUCGAAUUACUUCGCAAACAAUUACUUGAAACUCCCUCCUCUAACGUGA